UGAUGAAGAAGCAGUUGUGGAUCUUGGAAAAACCAGUUCGACCAUCAAUACCAAAUUUGAAAGGGAAGAACUAGAAAGCCAUCGAGCUGUGUAUAUUGGUGUACAUGUCCCAUUUAGUAAAGAAAGUCGUCGACGUCAUAGACAUCGUGGGCACAAGCAUCAUCAUCGAAGAAGAAAAGAUAAAGAAUCAGAUAAGGAAGAUGGCCGUGAGUCCCCUUCUUAUGACACACCAUCCCAGCGUGUCCAGUUUAUCCUUGGUACUGAAGACGAUGAUGAAGAACACAUUCCCCACGAUCUCUUUACUGAAAUGGAUGAACUUUGUUAUAGGGAUGGUGAAGAAUAUGAGUGGAAAGAAACUGCUAGGUGGCUAAAAUUUGAAGAGGAUGUUGAAGAUGGUGGGGACCGAUGGAGCAAGCCUUACGUGGCGACCUUGUCUUUGCACAGUUUGUUUGAGCUGAGAAGCUGCAUCCUGAAUGGAACAGUUAUGCUGGACAUGAGAGCGAGCACUCUGGACGAGAUAGCAGAUAUGGUGCUGGACAACAUGAUCGCCUCUGGCCAGUUGGAUGAUUCAAUAAGAGAGAAUGUCAGGGAGGCUCUUCUGAAGAGACAUCAUCAUCAAAAUGAGAAAAGGUUCACCAGCCGGAUUCCCCUUGUGCGGUCUUUUGCAGAUAUAGGCAAGAAACAUUCUGAUCCUCACUUGCUUGAACGGAAUGGCAUUUUGGCAUCUCCACAGUCAGCACCUGGAAACUUGGACAGUAGCAAAAGUGGAGAAGCUAAAGGUAAUGGAACUGGAGGAAGCAGAGAGAAUAGUACUGUUGACUUCAGCAAGGUUGACAUGAAUUUCAUGAGGAAAAUUCCCACAGGAGCUGAAGCAUCCAAUGUUUUGGUUGGAGAAGUGGAUUUUUUGGAAAGGCCCAUCAUUGCAUUUGUGAGGCUGUCCCCAGCUGUCCUCCUCUCUGGCUUGACUGAGGUGCCAGUGCCCACCAGGUUUUUGUUUCUGUUACUGGGCCCUGCAGGCAAGGCGCCACAGUAUCAUGAAAUCGGGAGAUCAAUAGCUACCCUCAUGACAGAUGAGAUUUUCCAUGAUGUUGCAUAUAAAGCAAAAGAUAGAAAUGACCUCCUUUCUGGAAUUGAUGAAUUUUUAGACCAAGUAACUGUUCUGCCUCCAGGAGAGUGGGACCCUUCUAUACGCAUUGAGCCACCAAAGAGUGUGCCUUCUCAGGAAAAGAGGAAGAUCCCUAUAUUUCCAAAUGGUUCUACACCUUCAUCAGGUGAGAUGCAGAAAGAGGAGGGCCAUCAUGCCGGACCAGAACUGCAGAGGACUGGCAGGCUUUUUGGUGGUUUGAUACUUGACAUCAAAAGGAAAGCACCUUUUUUCUUGAGUGACUUCAAGGAUGCAUUAAGCCUGCAGUGCCUGGCCUCGAUUCUUUUCCUAUACUGUGCCUGUAUGUCUCCUGUAAUCACUUUUGGAGGGCUCCUUGGAGAAGCUACAGAAGGCAGAAUAAGUGCAAUAGAGUCUCUCUUUGGAGCAUCGUUAACUGGGAUCGCCUAUUCAUUGUUUUCUGGGCAGCCACUUACAAUCUUAGGAAGUACAGGACCAGUUCUUGUAUUUGAAAAAAUAUUAUUUAAAUUCUGCAAAGAUUACAGUCUUUCCUAUCUAUCAUUACGGACCAGCAUUGGUCUCUGGACUGCCUUCUUGUGCAUUGUCUUGGUAGCAACAGAUGCAAGCAGCCUUGUGUGUUACAUCACUCGGUUUACCGAAGAGGCCUUUGCAGCUCUUAUUUGCAUCAUAUUUAUCUAUGAAGCAUUGGAAAAGCUCUUUCAUUUAGGAGAAGUCUAUGCUUUUAAUAUGCACAACGACCUAGACAAACUGACAUCUUAUUCAUGCUUGUGUACUGAGCCUCCAAAUCCUAGCAAUGAAACGCUCAAGAAAUGGAGAGAGAUGAAUCAGUCAGCACAGACGAUUCCAUGGGGCAACCUCACUGUUAAAAAAUGUCAAGAAUUUCAUGGUGUCUUCCUGGGCCCAGCCUGUGGUCUUCAUGGGCCCUAUAUUCCUGAUGUGCUCUUCUGGUGCGUCAUCUUAUUCUUCACAACAUUUUUUCUCUCAUCAUUCCUGAAGCAAUUUAAGACCAAGCGUUAUUUUCCUACCAAGGUCCGAUCAACGAUAAGUGAUUUUGCUGUGUUUCUCACGAUAGUAACUAUGGUUGCCAUUGACUACCUUGUAGGUAUUCCUUCUCCUAAACUUCAUGUUCCUGAGAAAUUUGAGCCUACUCAUAAAGAGAGGGGUUGGAUCAUCAGCCCACUGGGCGAUAACCCAUGGUGGACAUUAUUAAUAGCUGCUAUUCCAGCACUGCUUUGUACUAUCCUCAUUUUCAUGGAUCAGCAAAUCACAGCAGUCAUCAUAAAUCGAAAGGAACAUAAAUUGAAGAAAGGAGCUGGAUAUCAUCUGGAUUUGCUCAUGGUUGGUGUGAUGUUGGGCGUUUGCUCAGUUAUGGGUCUACCAUGGUUUGUGGCUGCAACAGUUCUGUCCAUAAGUCAUGUAAACAGCUUAAAAGUUGAAUCUGAAUGUUCUGCUCCAGGUGAACAACCUAAGUUUUUGGGAAUCCGGGAACAGCGAGUUACGGGCUUACUAAUUUUUGUUCUGAUGGGCCUGUCUGUGUUCAUGACUUCUGUAUUAAAGUUUAUUCCAAUGCCAGUUCUCUAUGGUGUUUUUCUUUAUAUGGGAGUUUCUUCACUAAAAGGCAUUCAGUUUUUUGACCGCAUCAAAUUAUUUGGAAUGCCUGCUAAACACCAGCCGGACCUGAUCUAUCUCCGUUACGUGCCCCUCUGGAAGGUCCACAUCUUUACGGUCGUUCAGCUCACCUGUCUGGUUCUCUUAUGGGUGAUAAAAGCUUCAGCUGCCGCCGUUGUUUUCCCCAUGAUGGUUCUUGCAUUGGUGUUUAUACGCAAGCUAAUGGACUUGUGUUUUACUAAACGAGAACUGAGCUGGCUUGAUGAUCUCAUGCCGGAAAGUAAAAAAAAGAAAGAAGAUGACAAACAGAAGAAGGAAAAGGAGGAGGCUGAGCGGCUGCUUCGCGCCGAUGACAGUGACACCGUGCACCUUCCCUUUGAAGGGGGGAGUCUACUGCAGAUUCCAGUCAAGGCCCUCAAGUACAGCGUUGAUCCUUCAGUUGUUAACAUAUCAGAUGAAAUGGCCAAAACUGCCCAGUGGAGAGCCCUUGCCAUGAGCACCGAGAGCGCCAAAGCAUCCAGGCCAAGUAUGAGCUCUUUACAGCUCAUCCUUCCCUCUUCACCUUUCCUCUCAUCCUCCAGUCAACAUUUUGGCCCUGUUUGGACACCCCCUAGCCCAGAAAAACCACUGAGUGUGAAAAUAAAUCUUGAAGAUGAACCUACAAGGAAAUAUGUGGAUGCUGAAACUUCAUUAUAGAACUAAACCAAGAAGAAUUAUGUUAUGUAUGUGCGUGUUGUGUGUUUGGAUAGACUGUUUUUGGCUGCCAUACCACCAAAGUAUGACUCCCAUGCUUUUGAAAGUGUUUGACUUGGAGCUUAUGAGCACAGUAGUGACUGUAUAUAUGAUGAGGUGGGUCUCUUGUGAGUAAGGUACAUAGUUAUUAAUUAUCCUUUGAAUAUUUAUUCUGUUAGAAAAAUUGUUUUUCACUUUCAAAAUAGGAAGAUGUGGGAAAAGCAUAAGUGUAUAUUUUUCUUAAAAAUCUGUAUGUGUACCUAAAGUUAAUCAGCCUUAGUUUAUAUUUGUCCAUAUAUUUAUUAUUGAGAGCUCUCUUUGAAUUUUAACCUGAGUUAUUUAAAAAUUUCACCUUUUCUCCAAUUACUGUUUUGAGUUUCAUGGAAAAAAGUGAAGCUUUUUUGUUGGGUUUUUAUGAAACAAAAGGUAGCAUGUUUGUUAGAUGACAAGUAGCAUCUUGGUUUUCCUCUGGUUUUAUGGAGUUCUGUGUGCAGGUGGCCAUGUUGAUACUCCCCAGAGAUGGAUUUUUAGCCAUAGAGGUAAAUGUGAAAUAUUUAUUAGAAGAUUUGUAUUUAUGACCCUCACUUUUUUAAAUCUAGAAAGAACAGUAACAACCAAAAAUCCAUCCUCUUGUUUUCCAGCAUAACUCAAGUAAAAAUGUAGGUGAUUUUAAAAUAUACUUUUACCCCCAUACCAGUGUUAGCUACUCUGUCUGCUCAUAGUUAUCAUUUUACAUAUUAGGCUUUCCUGCCGUCUUUAUUUUUUUUCAUGAAUCCUUGUGAUUACAGUAGAGCAUUAUCUGCCUGUUAGCUGUUUUCUUCCAUAUAUGUUAAAGUUAGGAAAACAUGUGUAAAGGACAUGUUAUCUCAUCCCAUAAAGCGUUUUUUGCUCUCAUUUUCUUAGAAUGUUUUAGUUUAGUAUCAGGUUCAGUUCUUGAUUAUUUUUCAUUUAAAAAGAAGUGUGAUUAAAUAAUCAGGAGUCAGAAUUCUGGAAUGGGUUUAUGAUCAGUAUUACUUUAUGGGCUCUUAAGAAUUAUCUUGGAUUUUCUGUUUACAUUCUCAUUCUUUCCGCUGUACAGAACAUAUUUAAUGCAAUGCUAACCUUGGUUUUGUUUCUAAACAUUUUAUUUAUUUUAAUUGGUGUAAAGAUUAAAUUCUGUACAAAAAUUUAACAUAAUGCAUAUACAGUAGAGUAAAUGUGUUAAUGUAAAUAGUUGGGGCUCUCUUACAUUUAUGAUUAAUUCCCUGAAAGAAUACAGUUGACAAAUUUCACAGAUUUUAUAUUAAACACUGCCAUGUUAGUGUUUUUCAAGGAAAUUAAACAUUUUAUGUAAAGCUCAGACUAUUGAUGAUAUGCCUACUUAUGAUUUGGAUUGCUACUCUUUUUUUUUGAAGUUUGUCUUUUUCUUUUAAGUUCCUUUUUACCCAAGCUAGCAAAUCUUCUUGGUCAUCUUUUAUAUAAUCUUUUCUUGGAGUUAACUCCUAACAUGAAAUGAAUAAAUAUUGUUGUUACUAAACCUGUAGGACUGGAUGAAUGGGGUUGCGCAACUGAUUUGGCAAGAGGAUAAUUCACAAAAACCAAACAUCUUUUAAGUUAGCAGUGAAAGAUAUAAAAUGGUGGCAGUGACACAAAAAUCAGCUCGAUCAGAUAAUCUGAGAUUUCUUUGUAAGCAAGGUGGAGUGAGUAGUAUGGAGGCUAGAACUUGCAGCACAUCAGAAAUCAUGCUGUAGGAAUUGGAACCCAAGAUGAUUUUUGGAACCAAGAGUAAAAGCAUGUUUCAGACUAUCCAAAGCUUAUUGGUUGACUACUGUUUAAUGCACAAACGAAAAUGCUUCUCUUUCAUGAUUUAGGCAUUUUCUUCUCUGUGCUGUUUUUAGUUAAUACAGAAAAAUCAUAAGAAGGAUAAUUUCCACGUCAAAUGAAAAGUUAAGAAUGUAGCUUCUUUUUUUUUUUUAGAAAGCCGGAUUGCCAGCAUUAGUUCAUAUCUUUUUUGUUCCUCCUGAAUAAGGGAAGAGUGUUUGUUACUCUACCAGCAAUUGAUUUACAGAACAUUAUCCAUGGUGCUUGUAACUCACUGUGCUUCCAUUUAAUUCUUCUUUAUUUUCAACAGUAUAGUCAUUUACAGACCCAAAUAUUUGCUAUUCAUCUUAAACUUUUUAAACAUCUUGUGUUGGGUGCUAGGAUUUCCUCAUAGCCUUCUGAACUUGGAUAUGGCACACUAAAGGGUUCAUAAUCCAGGCCAUUGUACUGGAGGUAAUUUUUAAAUUUAAAGGGAAAAGUACCCUGGGAUCAUAGUGUUUUAGUGAUUUUGUUUAAUUAUGUAAAGUAAUUACCUUGUGCCAGAAAAACCAUGAAUUUCAAAACACUUUACAUUCAAAAUCAUUUUUCUGUGUUCUUUGUAGUUGAUAUUUUCUGCUUCAUCUAAACUAUUUUGACAAAUCAUAUGACCUGAUAGGAGUACUCCAUAAAAGACCAGUGGUAACUCAUGUUUAAGUAAUUUACUGCUUAAUUUACUUUAUUUUAAAUGUUAUUUCCUCCACUGUUUGAAAAAGAAAAAUCAUGGAUAGAAGAAUGUGCAUUAUAAGACAGUGAAGGACAUGACUUGCUUUGUAUAGAUAAAAAUGUUGCCUUAAUUGGUGUAAAGGAGCAGUAGUAAUUACUAUGCACUGAUUUACCUCAGGGUGCAAAACAAGCCAAUCUAUGGUCCAUUUUGAAAAUAAAUGCAAAGAAAUAAUGCAGCACUUUCUUGAUGCCAUUAGUUGCCAGGGUUGGAGCUUUGUGCCACUGAAUAUACUUGGCUGCUCUAGCCACCUCAGGACAUUCCUCUCACUUCCCUAGAUUGUUUAUUUAUGGAUGUAGUAUAUGCUGAGACCAGAUUUUGAACAACUGAGGUUUAGCUAUCUUCUGAACAGUCUUUCAUUCUUAAUUAACCAUACGAACUUCCUCAUAAUAAAAGGAUGAUUCUGUAUUUUAGUUUUAGUAGAUAUGCUGAAGUCAAACAUUCAUUUCCCUCCCCCCGCCCUGCCCUCUAAUUUUUGAGGGGGGUGUGAGAUAGUUGUGAUCUUCUAAACUAUUGGGGUUUUUUUUUUUUUGGUAUGUUUUUAAGGAAGAAAAAAGCAGUGGCAUUCAAGAUGUUCAUAGUUGCCAAGUCUUUGCAAAACUUGUAAGACUUCAUUUAAAUACACUAAUGCAGGUAUUUUAAAAAGUAUAUUUCUGUACCAGUCAAAAAUAUCGGCCAAUUCAAUAAGCCAAACCUUUCUUCAAGCUCCAAAACGCAUUUGCCCUUUCAUGAGGCAGGUUCAAAGUUCUCUUAAAAAUCUAUCUGAAAUUGAGGGUGUAAUACGAGAGCUUGCUUCUAUAAAGGGGGUUGUAUUGUGUACAUAAGUUCUGUAAAUGUGCUAAGCAAUUUAAAUGGUGAAAGUUUUUAAAUGCACAGACUUCACGUAUUUAGGCCAUUAAUACCAGGAUGAUUCUAAUUUUCUUUUUAUGUUAAUUUAACAUUUUAAAUUAGUCAUGUAGAUCACAUCUUAUGCAGGACAAAUGUGAAAGAUAUUUUUUGUUUUAUACCAACAAUAAUUUAUUUUCUAGAAAGCAAAUUUAAGACUUCAGGGACAUUUGGAGUCUGGAAUAGUGUUCUAAAUGCAAAAAUUGUCUAGUGAUAUUUUAAUAUAAAGUGCUUUUAUUUGAUAACCUUUAAAAUAAGUGUCAAUUAUAGGAAAACCAUUAGUUUAAAUGGAAUAAAGAUUCUUUUAUUAAAUUAGCGCAUUCUGACAUUCUAAGCUGACUUGGAGUAAUGUGUUAAACACCUAGUUGUUUCCUUUUUUUAAAAUCAAAUUUAUUAAAACAGUGAUUCACUUGGUA